AUGGUGGGACAGGUUGGAGCAGGAAAGUCAAGUUUCUUCAACUCCAUCAACUCAGUGUUCAGAGGCAACAUGACGUCCCAGGCCAUCGCAGGGACUGCAGGCAAGAGUGUCACUACUCAGUUCCGCACCUACACUAUAAAUGCAGGUAAAGGAGGGGCCCCUGUACCCCUGGUUCUGUGUGACACCAUGGGGCUGGAGGAGGACGACUCUUCAGGCUUGGACCCGGAUGAUGUCAUCAGCAUCUGCAAAGGAAAUGUUCAGGAUCGCUACCAGUUCAGUCAAAGUUCAUCACUCCAAGAGGGAACUCCAGGUUACAAGAAGCACGUGUCCCUCAAAGACAAGAUCCACUGUGUGGUCUACGUGGUGGAUGCCAACAGAGUGUCUCUGAUGGGCCAGAAGUUGUUGAAUAAGUUUUGCACCAUCCGGAAGAAGGCCAAUCAGAUGGGAGUUCCCCAGGUUUUACUUAUGACCAAGAUAGAUGAAGCCUGCCCCCUAGUGGCCAAAGACGUAAAGUCUGUCUACAGGAGCGUUUACCUCCAAAAUAAAGCCCGUGAGGUGAGUGAGUCUUUGGGCAUCCCUCUGUCCUGCAUCGUCCCAGUGAAGAACUACUGCUCAGAGAUGGAGCUGGACACAGAGCUGGACAUCCUGCUUCUGUCGGCUGUGGACCUCAUGUUAAACUAUGCGGACAGCUUCUUCGACAACCUCCCACCUCAGGAUCAGGAAGAAACUGAACAACCAAAGCUCUCCCAGAGUAUCAAAAAUAAUAAUGUUGUGGUAUAA